AUCGCUCAUAUAAAAGAGCCCAAAUAACGCUGUUUGUUAAACAGUCCAUUUGUCACAGUCGAAAAGUUCUCAAUUGUCAUAAGCAAGCAUGAAGAGAGGUGUGGCAUUAUGCCUCUUAGUUGUACUUUGUACCGUUAAUGCAACUAUUUUAAAUCUUCCGUUGACUAAAGUGAAGAAUGCGAAAUUGUCUGUGGAAGAAAGCACAGCCAAAGUCAAUAAACUCCGCAAUAACUACGUGCAAAAAACUGACUUCACAAUCAUACAGAAAUGGUUAAAAGAAAUAGAGAAGCUCGAGAAAUAUAUCGAGCGAACGCUCAAAACAAUGGACAAAGAAAUCGGCAAGAUAAAGGACGAAAAUGCACAUUGGUGCUACGACGCUGCUCUUAGUUUUAUCAGGAAUACCGACUACGCGACAUAUACACACGCAUUAGUGUGUCAUGAACGCGCUAAAAGCUCUAUCAACAGCAACCUUGGCUUUAUCGAUGAUCUUGUCUCGACAGGGCGAAGAUUGUGGCCGGUUUUGGAUAACAUCUUCCCAAAUUGUUACGACAGUACUUCAGGAAUUUCGGACAUUCUCAAACUGCGGAACUGCAUCAAUGAUCAGAUCGAAAUAUGUAAUGUUGACGUGAAUAAGUUAAAACGUGACGUCCAUUCAGCCGAACACACUGCCAAGACCGCAUUUGACAAUAUCAUUCAGGAGAGCGAUAAAUGCCUGAAUGAUGCUUAUUCGGCCUCACAGUUGCACAUCACGGAGGCUAAGGAGAUUUUCACCAGAUGUCUCAAGACUUCGUGCAACAAACCGUUUGUUGUUGCAAACCAGUGAAUGAAGUAUUUUUAUUCCACGAGAAAGAGUACUAUAUUUCAAGUUAUUACUAUAUUUUUACUCUCGAGAAAAAACACUAUAUUUCAAGUUAUUACUGCGACAUUACACGAUUUGCUAGAGCAGUGUUUCGUCUUUAACAGAUUUUCAAUACACAAACCGUACUAAUGUAAUUGUUAUUAUUAGAAUAAUAACACACCGAAAAUAACAACAGCGAAUUCGGACUAAGAUUUACCGUCCACAAAAAAUUCUUCACCGUAAACGAAUCGAUAUUACAUCACAAACUUUCUGAGAAAAAAAAAUGUUUGUACAGUU